AACCCUAAUGACACUACUUCAACUAAGGGAGAACUUACCAUAGAUACUAAAAUGCUAAGACAAUUGUCAGAAGCUGGAAUGUCAAUUGGUCGCCAAGUACCAGCAGAUUUACCAGCAAUCAGUGUCGUGUUAAACCACACCAAAAACGCGGAAGCUUUAAAAGCAUUUGUGACAGAUUUUGGAUUGAAAGACGAAGUUGCAAAUCAAUUAAUGGAUGUCAUUACUUCAAUCAUAGAAAUGAGUGCUCACUUAAAAUCUGAAAUACACGAAAAUCAUAAGAGUGAAACUUCAAGUAAUGAAGCCAAAAAAGGAAGAGUCAAUAAGAAAAAGAUGGAAAUUCAUGAACGAAAUGGAUACACCAGCGGCAAUGGGCAAAGUGUUCAUCAAGAGCACGUCAAAAACUCUAUUGCCGCAGCUGUUCUUGCAGCUCUGGUCACUGCUGAACAGUUUGAGGAAAUUAACAAUAAUAACAGCAAGGAAAAGUAUCAAAUGAUCCUCAAGUCUAUAGACACCAUAUUGGGAAAAACCAUCGACGCUGACUUGGUAUCCGCCAUGUACAAUAUACUUCAAAAAGAAGAAGACAAAGAAAAUCUUUGCGAAGAAAUCCUGGAAAACACAUCAGAAUCAAAAGUAGAACUUAUAAAAAUUGCCAUCAAUAAUGUCUUACACAAACAUUCCUUAACCGAAGAAGAUAUAAUAGAAAAAUUCGGUGAUUUUUUGAGUACUGAAAAUGAAGUCUUGGGGCCAGCAUUCAAAAACAUUUCAAAAAGCGACACAAAGCUUUUGCAUCACGUAUUAGGCUGUAUUUCAGAGUCGAUCUCAUUUAUCAGAACUAACCAUGAAGCGACAGAGACGCUGCAAAAAGCCAUAGUAGCUGCUGUCCAAGAAGCAAGCAGCAAAGAAGUAGAAACUAUGCUACAGGAAAACGACAAGGAAAAUUUGAAAGAAUUAAUCAUACAAUCUGUCGGACUCGCGAAAAUACUCGGAAUGAGGGACAUUGCUUUGAAGUUAAUGAAAGUCGUAAAUGAAGAAGAUAGUUUGUCAAAAAUAGCUGCUGAUACUACUAGUCUAAAUAUUUUAAAACGCUUGACAGUUAUGAGGAAACUUGCUGAUAAAACUCCAAGUUUGCACUCAGCUUUACGCAAAUUAGAAUCAGACCCAGAACUCGCUCGCACAGAUCCUAAACUGAGGGACCUAGUGCGAGAGAGCGCUGCGCUCAUGAUUAUUCCCGAAGACCCACCUUUAAUGACCUCUGAAGAUGUCCCGUUAAGUUUGCUUCAGCCUGAAAAUAGUCUCGCUAUGGAAGACUUUUUAUUCCAGCGCAGGAAGCAUGUUUCUGGGGCUCUUUUGAUCAUGAAGAAAGGUUUACAAGCGGUCGUUCCUCGUGAAGCUAGCCGGGCAGUACUAACUGGACAAGUGGCGUAUACGGUACUCGAUGAAAAUGGAAUCAGACACUUUGAACCACUACAUGUGUUCUCAGCUUUAAACCUUAGUCAACCGACUACGCAUCGCUUCUCUAUGUACAGCUGCCCCGUCGUUGAUGACGACGAUGAAGACCUCCAAACAUUUACUGGAUACUGUAACAUUAGCAACAAUCAAAGAAUAACUAGAUUAGGCGGCUGGGGAAGGAAAUAUAGCGGAGUGCUACUGGACCGAGAAAACACUAGGAGCAGAAUGAGCAGCUUAGAGACCACACCAAGUUACAAACGAUAUUCCUCGAGAUCUAUGUCGAGAUCUCGCUCUAGUUGUAGCAGAAGUCCCCCUAAGGUAGAAGAUGUGGUGGUAGCGGCUACGGAUUACACCGCGACCGCUGAUGACGAGGUGUCACUCAAGUCGGGUGACAUUGUUGAGGUUCUCGACAGCAAAUCCGCUCUUGGAUCCAAGGGCACGCGGCUGGCCAGCCUCGACGUGACAGCCACCGUCCUGGACAGCACGGCAGCGAAGCACAAGAUAUCUGUUCGACCGAAGAAAAAACAUCCGAAAAGCAAAUCUGGCAGCAAAAUUAACGAAAACAACGAAAGGUGGUUGGUACGAGUGAUAGAAGAUGUGCAAGGCGGGGAACUGCGCACGCGGCAGGGAUACGUGCCGGCGCGCGUGUUGCAAGAGAAGCACAGCCUCGAAAGAGACCAGACCUCUCAGGCAGCUAGGAGGCAGGCGGUGGUUCGCGAACUGGUGGAAACUGAAGAGGAAUUCGGACGAGACAUGCUGCAAGUGGUGUCGCGGUACAUGAAGCCGAUAGACAAGGCCACCACGCCCAAGCCGGUGUUCGACAACAGGGAGCUGCUGUUCUCCAACUUCAGACAGAUAUGCGAGUUCCAUAAUACUGUGCUGCUGGAGGGCAUAAAAUACUACGCGGGGGAGCCGAAGAUGCUCGGACGAGCUCUGCUGCGGAUGGAGAGAGAGUUCGACAAACACGUGGCGUACUGCCGCGACGAACCACGCGCACAACAUCUCCUCGCCACCAAUCCGGUGGUGCAGAAAUAUUUCCAGGACUUGGCAGACAAACUCGGAGACGACAAAGGUAUAACCGAACAUCUGAAACUACCGAUACAGAGGAUCAACGACUACCAACUUCUACUUAAAGAACUAGUUAAAUACUCAAAACGCCUCGGCGAAGAUUGUACCGACCUUCAAAAAGCCCUAGAACUCUUCCUCGGAGUUCCGAACCGUGCUACCGACAACAAGUUCCUCGCUAGCAUCGAAGGGUACCGCGGGAACAUCUACAAGCUAGGCCGGCUACUCACCCACGACUGGUUCACAGUCACAGACGCGGAGGGCAAGUCCAGCGAGAGAUAUCUCUUCUUGUUCAAAGCAAGGAUCUUGGUCUGCAAAGUCAAGAGAGUGUCUGAAGACCGCUCUGUUUUUGUAUUGAAGGAUAUUAUCAGGCUCCCAGACGUCGAAGUUAACGACCUCCCCAGUGAACCACUGAAGUUCGAGCUUCACCAAAAUAGUUCAUUGGUCACUCUCGCUGCGCACAAAGAGCACGUUAAAACAGCUUGGCUAUCUGAAAUCAGACAAUACGCCAGUGAUCUUGUUGCUCUAGCAGAACACGCAGCAGAUGAUCUUCAGGUUCUAUCACCACCAGAAGUAAUUGAAGUCCAAGAGGAAAAAAAGAAAAAGAGGGAGUAUACAGAGGAAACACAAGUUGAAGUAGGACAGGAGAUCAAACGGACACGAGUUGAUGAAAUAGAAGUUACACAAGUCGCGACUAGAGAGGAAUCUUUACAACAAUUAAAAGCUAAAAGAAAAGCGUCUCUUGAAGGUGCAAUAGCUAAAAAGAUUUCAAAAUCUGAAGUCGUUGAAGUUUCGUCAAUUAGUGAAGUUCAUGAAAGUGUUAGUACCGAAGUAAGAAGCAACGUCACAUCUGAUUUAGAAACUAAAUCGUCUGUGACUGUAGGAUCUUACGUUGCCGAGACAGGAUCUGUUACAUCACAGUCGGAAAGUCAGCAAACUGUUAAAGCGGCUACAACAUCUGAAGUAACAGUAGAACAACAGUCUGUACAAUUAUCUCAACAAACGUCAGUAGAAGUAAAGGAGUCAGUUCAGGUUUCAACUGCAGAAAGUAUCGCAGAAGCUAAGCAAGAAUCAUCCGUAGAAUAUAAAAGUCAGGAAUCAGUAGGAGGUGUAUCUGUCACUGAACAGAAAACCGAGGAAAGCACCCAAAAGUCAGAAGUUGCUGUUGAACAAACAAAACUACUGCACAAAGUUCGCAAGAGAUAACAUCUACAGAACAAAAAUCUGAAGAGCUUAUUAAAGAGACCACAAGACAGAAAUCACGGGUCGAAGAAAACACCCAACAAAAUCUUCAGCAAACUUCGACUGUUGAACAACAAUCAGAACAGUCAUCUCAGGCCGUCACAACAUCGUCAGAAAGUCAACAAGUAACAGCUAUUGAACAAACAUCGGAAGUUAUAUCACAAAGUGCUACAGCGUCUACGGAAAGUCAACAAGUAGUACCUGUUGAAGGACAACCGCAAACUCCUGUUCAAGAGACAGAAGUUAAACUAAAAUCUGAAGUAGUAACCAAUCCUGGAACCCAAGACGAAAAAUUAACAUCCACAGAACUCGUCGCUCAACAAGUUGUAAAAACAACAACCGCUGAGGCAAUCGCGGAAAGUGUUCAGAGACAACAAUCAACACAAGAAAAAACUGAACAAAUUAAAACAUCAGUUGAAACUACACAAGCCAGUGCAGUAGAAACGACUACAGUUACUCAAGAAACAGUUGAAUUAACAUCAACUGUUCCUGACCAAACUGUUCAUCA